GGAUGUGGAUAACCAAGAACGGAGCUCUCUGAAUGAGAAGCGGAAGAUGCUGGCUGGCCAGCAUGAAGACGCCUGCGAGCUGAAGGAGAACCUGGACCGGCGAGAGCACGUGGUCUUGGACAUCCUAUGCAAUUACCUCUCGGGGGAUCAGCUCCGAGACUACCAGCAUUUCGUGAAGAUGAAAUCUGGGCUGCUCAUAGAACAGCGCGAGCUGGACGACAAGAUCAAGCUAGGGCAGGAACAGCUCAAGUGCCUUCUGGAGAGCCUCCCCACGGACUUCCUGCUUAGCAGCAGAAAGGCAGCAGAACCUAUCCAACGCUCAGUCGCUUUCUUCACUGUCUUCCCAGUGCUCCUGGGCAAGCUCCUGACAUCCCUGAGGUCCAUAGACUAUGCUGCCAACCACAGAGCAGACUAUUUCCGCAAGCUGAACACGGAGAGGCAAGUCCACUACUCUGCCAUCCGGUCCAAGUCAUCAUGGGGUGACUUGGUUUCAUCAAGGGACUAUAAUAUUACAUGUUUAGAAAGUGCAAAAAGAAAGUGUUUGCAACUGUGA